AUGUCUCAAGUAGUAUCCCCAGCUUUAGAAGAAGCCGAACAGGCAAUGUAUGCUCCUUUCUUUGGAUCACUUGGAGUGACUGCUGCAAUGAUUUUUACAGCUGCCGGUUCUGCUUAUGGAACAGCUAAAUCAGGGACUGGCAUUGCUUGUAUGUCUGUCGCGAGGCCUGAUCUUGUAAUGAAAGCAAUUAUUCCAGGCAUUUAA